CUACAGAACGUUUCAAAGUUCGAAUUUACGAAUGUACAAUGCACUUCUUUGGAUAAACAAUUCGAUGAAUUCGAACAUUGCUAUCUGAAGUCGGUUAAUCGAACCUACAAAUACGUUUACAUGAAAGUAAAUUUAUUCAAGACUCCCGUGAAAAAGAUAAAGAUAAAUCUAUCGCUGCAAAAACGAUUUAAUGGAUAUAGACCUUUCUUAUUCAAUAUUACUGUGGAUGCCUGUAGACUUCUGCUGAAUCCUUCAGCUAACCCAACGUUUAAUUACUUUUACGGAUUUCUGGGAAACCAUACAAACGUGAAUCACCCCUGUCCAUUUGAUCAUGAUCUAAUCUUUGAUAAAAUUACAACCAAUUUAAUAAGCCACCGGAUGUCUAAAAUUUUACCCUUUCCCGAAGGUGAUUAUCUUAUGGAAGUCAAUUGGUUUGCUUAUGACAUAAAUAGAGCUAUCACAAAGUUUUAUGGCACUCUAUCUUAG